CCUCCGAGCGUGAUUUAUAAAAGUCGGUUCUCCGAGAAAGUUCAGAGUUUGUUGGUUGUGGCUGAGGAUUGUGAAGUGAUUUGGAAAGUAGUGUGUUUGGGCGGAGGCUGCUGUUACUGCUGCUUGCUGCCUGCUGCCUGCUGCUUGCUGCUGCAAGCAUGAGUUCGAACAGCGGAGAUGAUCUGGAUUCCUUUACAGGCUUCAUCAUUGAGUUUCAUGAUAACAACGGUACAGAUGGGUUUGGCUCAGGUGAUUACGAUGGCAAAGAGCCAUGUUUCCGGCAUGAAAACGAGGAUUUCAACCGCAUCUUUCUACCGACAGUGUACUCCAUCAUCUUUUUGACCGGCAUUGUGGGCAAUGGAUUGGUUAUCAUUGUCAUGGGUUAUCAGAAGAAGCUGAGAAGCAUGACUGACAAGUACAGGUUGCACCUAUCGGUAGCUGAUCUUCUGUUCGUUCUCACUCUUCCUUUUUGGGCCGUGGAUGCUGCUGCAAGCUGGUACUUUGGAAAUUUUCUGUGCAAGGCAGUGCAUGUCAUUUAUACAGUCAACCUUUAUGGAAGUGUCCUGAUUCUGGCUUUUAUUAGUUUAGACCGAUACCUGGCAAUCGUUCAUGCAACCAACAGUCAGAGACCAAGAAAGCUGUUGGCAGAAAAGGUGGUGUAUUUAGGUGUGUGGCUUCCUGCUGUCCUGCUGACGAUCCCCGAUAUCAUUUUUGCCAACACAGGUGAAGCUAAUGGGAGGUACUUUUGUGACCGGAUGUACCCUAAUGACAACUGGCUGAUUUCUUUCCGGUUUCAACAUAUUUUAGUUGGACUUGUUUUGCCUGGCCUAAUUAUCCUGACCUGCUACUGCAUUAUUAUUUCCAAGUUGUCACACUCGAAGGGUCACCAGAAACGAAAAGCUCUGAAGACAACGGUCAUACUUAUCCUGGCUUUUUUCGCCUGCUGGCUGCCUUAUUACAUUGGGAUCAGUAUAGACACUUUUGCUCUUCUAGAGGUGAUCAAGCAGGACUGUGACUUUGACAGCGCAGUGCACAAAUGGAUCUCCAUCACAGAGGCAGUGGCCUUUUUUCAUUGUUGCCUGAAUCCAAUCCUCUAUGCCUUCCUUGGUGCCAAAUUUAAAACCUCUGCACAGAAUGCACUGACAUCAGUUAGCAGAGGCUCAAGCCUUAAGAUACUUUCAAAGGGCAAGAGGGGAGGACACUCAUCUGUUUCUACCGAGUCAGAAUCCUCAAGUUUCCACUCCAGCUAACAUCAUCUUUCAAGACCUAAAAAGUUUUUUUUUAUAAUAAAAGAACUUUUUUUUAAAGUUACACUUUUUUUGAGAUACAAAAGACUGACCAUAAUGUACAGCUUAUUAUUUACUGUUGGAAUUUAUUGUUUUUUUUUCUUUAGGGAUGUUUGUUAUGUUUAAUUGAUUUAUUUAUAUAAAUUUGUUCAUGUUCCAUGUUGAUGAGUGUCUAGGCAGGACCUGUGGCCAAUGCUUGGUUUGCAACUGUUAAUAUUUGUCUGACUGUGUAGCUGUAGAAAAUGUGAACUUAAACACUUAGAGUGUGUGAUGAAUGACUUAAAGCUAGAAAACUCUGCUCAGCUGUUUGUACAUAAGUAAUCUUUCCAUUCCAGUUUCAACUAGUUUUCCUCUGAAAUUGUAUGGUUUACACUAGUGUAAUUCUGAUGUAGACAUUGGCACUUAGAACCAAAACCCUUGAGUCAAGUGUUAGAUGGUGGUUUUUCAGUAUUGGGUUAGUUUAAUAUCCUGCAGCAUACAGUCUGUGUUAAGCUGUUAAUAAAAGGAAAAGGAAAACUA